AUGAACGGUCAGUACUUCACAACCUAUCAAUGGGCGUAUCUAACUGCAAUUUCAGGUCUGGUUUCCUACGAUUACGAUUCUCCAAGUGAUUCAGAAGCUGUACCGUCGACCUCUAGCAACCCUCAAAACACCAAUGAUAAAACAUCGAUAGCUAGCUUGAAAAGCUCUUCUGAAGGGAACCGACGGCUUCCAAAGUCUCAAGUCAUCAUUAAACGCCCUGCUAUAAGCCAUAAAACUCAACACCUACGCACCCAUAACUCGGACGAUCUCAUCAGUAAUGACCCGUCCAAAAAGGCAGGGCCAUCGACAGAAGGUUCACCUAUGGACAUCAGUUCCUCGUCGAGUCGCCAACCAUCCACUCGUCCAGGUCCCUCGGCAGAGCCUCAAGACGAGCUAGCACGCAUCCGAGCUCUUCUACGGCCUAAACCCAUACCAGGGGUCGAGAACUGGGGUAUCCCUGCAGAGCCGACGGAGAAGUGUGAACCUGCUUUACAAACACAAUUCACCCGUUUCUCUUCUCUCAAAACCGACCCUAAGAAUCCCAAACACUACAACGACUCUCUGAUGUCCAACAGGUCUUUCCGAAAUCCCCAUUUAUAUACUCAGCUUGUUGACUGGGUUGACGUGGACGAACGGACGACGAACUUUCCAAAAGACAUCUGGGAUCCCAACGAUGUCAAGCCUGAAUGGUUCGCAAGUCAAAUUGCUGACGCUCAGAAGGAGCGAUCAGAAAAGCAGGCUGCGGCUCAAGCACCUGGAAAGCGAAGUCAUAUCGAGUUCUCUAGCUCAAAGGACAAAGCCCCGCCGCCCAAGAAAAGUCGGUUCCAGCCUUAUGGAUCGUCUGGCGUCAGUGGCGUGGCGAGCACAAGAGAAAGGCAGAAGACACGUUGGGGCUAG